AUGGCUCUGCCGGCGGCCGCCGCCGCUCCGCUCCUCGUCCGGCUGCUCAGCCUCUGCCUGGCCCCGCUCGCCGGUGCCGGCGCCGGGGCGGACGGGCGCUUCCAGCUGUGGCAGCCGGCGGCGGCGGCCGUGUCCGUGGGGCAGGCGCUCACGCUGCGCUGCGAGGUCUCCGCGGAUGCUCCGGCGGGACCCGUCAAGUGGCUGAAGCUCUCGGGCGGCGGCAAUCAGACCGUCUACGAUCAGAAAGGCCGCUUCCCCCGGGUCAGGCGGGCGGCGAACGGCUCCAACACGGACUUCACCAUCCGCAUCAGCGACGCCCGCCCCGAGGACGCCGGCACCUAUUACUGCGUGAAGCUCCAGGCGGGCUCCGGCGAGCAGGUUUACCAGCGGGGCCCCGGCACGACCGUGUCGGUGCACGAGAGCGCCCCGUUUGCCGGCGUGGCCGUGCCGGCCGCCGUGCUCGCCGUCCUCCUCCUCGUCGCCUUCGUCACCCUCUGCGUCUACCGGCGGACGAGGGGAGGUGGCAGCGCCAGCAGCCCCAGCCCCGGCGGGCCGGACCCGGAGGCCUCCGCUGCGCCCGAGCAGCGGCACGGCGCGGCCGACGCGGACCUUCACUACGCUGUCCUGCAGCCCCUGCCCGCGGCCCCGCGCCGGGCUCCCGGCCCCGGCGCCUCCGAGUACGCCAGCAUCCGCGGAGCGGCCCGGUAAAGCGGGGCACCGCCGCGGACCCGGCCGCCAGCCCCGUCCUGGGGGCGGAAGCGGGGCUCUUCCUGCGAGGCGUGGGAAAGAAGAAGCA